GCUAUCCGGAGCUCAGAGGCGCGCAAGUGGAGAUUUCUCUGGAUCCUUGACGUGGUCGCUGCUCGCCGUUCGGAAUCGGUCACAUUUGGGGAGUCACCAGCGCAAGCCAUCAAAAUGUCGGUCCCAAGUGCACUCAUGAAACAGCCGCCCAUUCAGUCAACGGCUGGGGCCGUCCCAGUUCGCAAUGAAAAAGGUGAGAUUUCGAUGGAGAAAGUGAAGGUGAAACGUUAUGUGUCAGGAAAGAGGCCGGACUAUGCCCCUAUGGAAUCCUCCGAUGAGGAGGAUGAAGAAUUUCAGUUCAUUAAGAAAGCCAAAGAACAAGAAGCAGAGCCUGAGGAACAGGAGGAAGAUUCAUCCAGUGACCCUCGGCUGCGUCGUUUGCAGAACCGCAUUAGUGAAGAUGUGGAAGAAAGAUUGGCCCGACAUCGGAAAAUAGUGGAACCGGAAGUAGUUGGAGAAAGUGACUCAGAGGUAGAAGGGGAUGCUUGGCGUGUGGAACGAGAAGAUACCAGUGAAGAAGAGGAGGAGGAAAUUGAUGAUGAGGAAAUCGAGAGGCGCCGUGGUAUGAUGCGUCAGCGAGCACAGGAGAGAAAAAAUGAAGAGCUGGAAGUGAUGGAGGUGGAAGAUGAGGGACGUUCUGGGGAGGAGUCAGAAUCAGAGUCUGAGUAUGAAGAGUACACAGACAGCGAAGAUGAGAUGGAGCCCCGCCUCAAGCCAGUCUUCAUUAGAAAGAAGGACCGAGUAACAGUUCAAGAACGUGAAGCUGAAGCAUUGAAACAAAAGGAACUGGAACAGGAGGCAAAACGCAUGGCUGAAGAGAGACGCAAGUAUACACUCAAGAUUGUAGAAGAGGAGACCAAGAAAGAGCUAGAGGAGAACAAGCGGUCCCUAGCUGCACUGGAUGCACUCAAUACUGAUGAUGAAAAUGAUGAGGAGGAGUAUGAGGCAUGGAAAGUUCGUGAGCUAAAAAGAAUCAAGAGAGACAGAGAAGAUCGAGAAGCGCUGGAGAAGGAAAAGGCAGAAAUUGAGCGCAUGCGAAAUCUGACUGAGGAAGAGAGGAGAGCAGAACUUCGGGCAAAUGGUAAAGUCAUUACCAACAAAGCUGUCAAGGGCAAAUACAAGUUCUUACAGAAAUAUUAUCACCGUGGUGCCUUCUUCAUGGAUGAGGAUGAAGAAGUUUACAAGAGAGAUUUCAGUGCACCUACUCUCGAGGAUCAUUUCAAUAAAACCAUUCUUCCUAAAGUCAUGCAGGUCAAGAACUUUGGGCGCUCUGGUCGUACCAAAUAUACCCAUCUUGUGGAUCAAGACACCACUUCCUUUGAUUCAGCAUGGGGUCAAGAGAGUGCCCAGAACACAAAAUUCUUUAAACAAAAAGCAGCAGGGGUACGAGAUGUAUUUGAACGACCAUCUGCCAAGAAGCGGAAAACCACCUAAGAGUUCGACUAUUUAUUCUUUUAGCUGUGGAACAAGAGGAAGUCUCAGCAUCUGGUCCUUGGUUUUCUUUUACCAUUAUUUACAUGGACCCUGUAACCAUCCUGUUGGAAUUACUGCCAUAACUUGUGGACAUUGGUGAUGCGGUCUUUGAAGGUGCGUUGUGAGGUUUGGACUCAGACUGAGAAAACCACAGAAAAGCACUAUUCAGAUAGGAUCAGAAGAUACCCAUUUAAAACUAGGUGUGAGAGACCGUAGGUCUUACUACCCUGGCUUCCGAAAUUCACUUGGACUAUUCCAGGUUUCUUUUCCCAGCCCCUUAGCUUGGUUGAGAAAUGUGGACAUAUAAACAAUGUAUUUUACAGAAAAUUCUAUGCUCUUGAAACCU